GACGAUAAGUGAGCAUCAAAAAUUAUUAUUUUAUUUAAGAAAAUUUUAUAUAAAUAAAUAUAAGUUCGUGUAAUUCUUGUGCUAUUCACGAGUGCUCACUAAGAAUACAAAAAUGGCUGCUAAACUGUGUGGGUUAGCAAUUUUAUUAGCGCUAACGGUACAAAUUUCAUUUACGGAGAGCAAGCAUUUGGCUAAAAAACCUGAUUUUCUAAUUCCUUGCGAUUUUAAUGAUGAUGCCAAUUUAAAUACCUGUUGUGCCAAAAAUUUCCAAUUAUUACUCACCGGAUGGGGACCUUCUGGUAUUCCCGGACUAAACUUGGGUUCCUUGGAUCCCUUAACCAUUAAACGUAUAAAGGUGCAGCAGAAUACUCCACCGCUUGUGCUUGAUGCAAUUCUGGAGAACUUGGUUGUAACCGGUGCCACCGAGGCUGUUGUGAACAAAGUUGUCUUAGAUAAAAAGACCUUGGUGUUGGAUGCCAGACUUGAAUUGCCGAAACUUCAUGCCGUUGGCAAUUACAAGGUCAAGGGCUCAGUUUUGGGCUUGAAUAUCAAUGGACAAGGCGACUGCACAUUCGAUGCGAGCAAAAUUCGUUUGGCCUUCCACCUAACUACAAAGCUACGUGAUGAAGGUGAUCUAACUUUCUCCGAGGUUUUGAGUUUUAAGGCGAAAAUCCUCGAAAUCGGCGAUUUUCAUAUAGACGUCAUGCGUUUGUUCGACGGCCAGCCGGAACUCACCUCUACCGCCAAUGAUUUGUUUAAUCAAAAUUGGCGGGAACUGUUCGGCAUACUCGGACCAACAUUGGAGCAAACACUGGAGGCGGUGUUGGGUGAUCGUCUCAUGAGAAUGUACAAGUAUAUUCCAGCAAGUUAUCUAUUUGUAAAUCUGCCAACAGCCAGUGCAUUCUAUGGUUGAUUCAUAAAACUUGUAUGUAUGAGAUAAUAUAAAGGAAUUAUUGUGAUUUGUAGUUGAUUUAUGUAUUUAAAUAGGUUAUGGUAAAAUU